CACGGGCUCUAGGGCGGUGUCGGGUUUCCGUCGAGCAAUCCUUCUAAGAUUGCCUCAGAGUGACCAGCUUGACUGGGCGGCAAGUUCAGGACGCGCAGGCUUUGAUCCCGCUGGUGAUGAGAUGGGGACCGGACAGUCUGUGUGCUUCCCAGCCAUCUCAGGACCCCACCAUGUUGGCUGCACAGAUGUGAUGGAGGGUCAGAGUCCUGAGGGGAGCUUCUUCCGACUCUUCUACCCCUGCCAAGCAUCAGAGAAGUACGAGCAGCCCCUGUGGAUUCCCCGCUAUGAGUACUGCUUGGGCCUGGCUGACUACCUGCAGUAUAACAAGCGCUGGGUGGGGUCUCUGUUCAACCUGGGCUUCGGAUCUUGUCGCUUGCCUGUUAGCUGGAAUGGCCCCUUUAAGACAAAGGAAUCUGGAUACCCCUUGAUCAUCUUGUCCCAUGGCCUGGGAGGCUUCAGGGCACUGUACUCGGCCUUCAGCAUGGAGCUGGCCUCCCGGGGCUUCGUGGUUGCUCUCCCGGAGCACAGGGACCAGUCAGCUUCGACCACCUACUUCUGCAAGCAGACCCCGCAAGAGAGCCAGCCCACUGAAUCGCUGGAGGAGGAAUGGAUCCCUUUCCGCCGAAUCAAGGAAGGGGAGAAGGAGUUCCACGUUAGGAAUCCCCAGGUUCACCAGCGGGUGAGAGAGUGCGUGCGGGUGCUGCAGAUCCUGCAGGACGCCUCUGGCGGGAAGACGGUCCUCAAUAUCUUUCCUGAUGGAUUGGACCUGAUGACCCUGAAGGACGGCAUCGACAUGAGCCGGGUGGCCGUGAUGGGGCACUCCUUUGGAGGAGCUACAGCCGUUCUUGCUCUGACCCAGGAGGUCCGGUUUCGGUGCGCUGUGGCCCUGGAUGCCUGGAUGUUCCCUUUGGAACGUGACUUUUACCCCAAGGCCCGGGGCCCUGUGUUCUUUAUCAACGCUGAGAAAUUCCAGACAGUGGAGAGCGUCAACUUGAUGAGGAAGAUAUGUGCCCAGGACGACCAGUCCAGGAUUGUGACUGUCCUCGGAGCUGUUCAUCGGAGUCAAACCGACUUUGCUUUCGUGAACGGCAACCUGCUUGCUAAAUUCUUAUCCAGUCACACUCGUGGGACCUUGGACCCUUAUGAAGGACAGGAGGUUAUGGUGCGGGCCAUCUUGGCCUUCCUGCAGAAGCACCUUGACCUGAAGGAGGACUACGAUCAAUGGAACAGCUUCGUGGAAGGCAUCGGACCAGCGCUCAUUCGAGGGAGCCCACCACAUCUGGCCAGUUUGUAGGCACAACUGGCCAUUUGUAGGUCACUCGAACUGAGUUUCCACGUAGGAACCGCCCAAGGAUACUUGUAACCUAGUGGCAGGAUCCUUUCUCAGAGAGUGAGAGGGUGUAAUCAGACUCCUGAUUGGGCAGCUGGGCCCUUUGCUCUUGGAAUCGUUGAUCUUACAGCUCAGAGCAGCUUGGGAACAAAUCACUGGCUCAUGGGAAGCUGACAUUUCCUCCCUCCCUCCCUCCCUCCCUCCCUCCCUCCCUCCCUUCCUUCCUUUUUUUCUUUUUUGUCAAAGACUCGUAUCCCAGACUGGCUUUGAACUUACUGUGUGAGGAUGACCCUCCUUCCGAGUGACACCCAUUGUCACUAUGCCUGAUCUUUAUCCAGAGCUGAUGAUCAAACCUGACCUGAGUUAGUAACUGUGAAGUAUUAGGUGCUGAGGAUCUGUCCCCGAUGACAGUCAUCCCCGCCUCUGUCCCAGGGCCUGUUCACUUCAAAUAAGAACAGUGUCUAGCUGCUUGCCAGAGCUCGCUCUCUCGGCUUGGGGCAUUUCUUCUGUUCCAGCCAUAGUUACCACGUGGAAUCAGGAGCAAUAGGUGUCAUUAUUGCUAGCCCCAACUCCCACCACAGCCCCCACACCCAGUAUUUUUGGUGUCCAUUGCUCACCUCAAGGAAAACCCAUGGAUCUGUGGUUGCUGCUCCGCACUGACUUUACAGAGAUUGCUGUAUAAGUUAGGCCACUAUAUUAACUGAGCCACAUCCCCGGCCCUUGGUGAGUUAACUUUCUGAGGCUGUACUAAGAGAAUAAAUCAUGGGGUGGGACUGGUUGAGCCCCCAGCCCCAGAUUGAACCCAGUGAAGCCUGGAUGUGAAGACUUGACUGGGUGAGUCCGCUUCCUCAUCGUGGGCUAGCGUUGCCUCUUGAAUGCAAGCCCCUGCUCUCCUGGUGUUCUCCACCUGACACCUGUUGUCCCAGUGUUGUCCUGCUAUUCUCCACCUGCCACCUGUUGUCCUGGUGUUCUCCACCUGUCACCUGUUGUCCUGGUGUUCUCCUGCCAGGUGUUCUCCACCUGCCCUCUGUUCUCCUGGUGUCCUGCCUGGUGUUUUCCACCUGCCACCUGUUGUUCUGUGUUUCCCACCUGCCUCCUGCUCUCCUGGUGUUCUCCACCUGAUGACACCUGUUCUCCAGGUGUUCCCCACCUGCUUCUGGUGAGGUACAACACGAGGUCGCUCUCUGGUUUCUCACUUUUCACUCUCCCUGCUGUAUAAGAAACAGUAAUGGGCCCUCCGUCCUGUUACUCUUAGGAGCCCAUGCGGAGCCAACAGUAUUGUCCUCAGAACCCAGAGAAUGAUCAAGGAGUCCCUCAGAAGCUGAGCGCCUUUGAGGGUUUGCUAGUGUAUCUUGUCAGGAAACACCCUGAGGAGGUGGAGACAGGCUGUGGACUAUUAAUGGGGCCAAGCUGCAAUUUGCGCAGACCAGAGGGUACUGGGUUGGUCAGCUCAGCUGUGGGAAUGUUCCUAGGGAGGUCUGAGGUCAGCUUGGUCUUGCUUCUUACCUCCUGUGCCAUGAACCACCAACUUGCUCCAAAUAUGGGUACUUUAGUCAUCUGGGUUUUUUUUUUUAAUUUAUUUUUUUUUGGGACCAUCACCCCAAAUUUAAGAAACAGACAGACUCUGCAUCCUGUCCUGUUGAAUAUUGGUGCUCAUGCUUGCCUAACGACAUGCUGUAAUACGCAGUCUGUUUAAUCUGCAUUAGAGCAAGCCGGGGAACGCUCUGGAAAUGGCUUCUCUUUGUUUCCCUUUGUUUGCUAGUCCUGUUGAACCACAUGGAAAUCUUGGGGAAGAAAGGUAGUCUUCCCAGAGUUCCAAGCUCUGUGGGAAGGCCCACCUUGAACUGUAUCUCCGCCAUACAAGACAUGUAUGUCACCCGAGUCUAAGGAGGGAACCCUAGGAGGGCAAGUUCAGAAGGGAAGUGGAUCUCUGCGCAGUAGUCCAGAGUUAGGGCUACCAAAGCAAGUCAGUCAGGAAGCUCUCUCUCUCUCUCUCUCUCUCAGAGGCGAGGCUCUACAGCCACACAGCAGGGCUUCACUCUGGCUCCACCACUGCAGGAAUCAGGGCAGAUUCUGUUGUCUUCCCAACCUCAGUCCCCGCAUGGGAGGGGCUGUGUUACAAACUGUUGGGAUGACUGAGUGAAGGGACGCAUGACCCAUGGAUUAUUAAAUGUACAUUUCCCACUUCCAUCACAUGCACUUUCUAACUGUCUGUGUAUCAUAGUAAGAAUGAUCCACAUGAUCUCCGUCCUUCAAGGUUUGUUGAAACGUGAUUGUUGGCCCCCUUGAUGUCAACUCUGUCAUUGUUCACUGUGUGAUUAAAGAGCCUGUCUAUUCUGAA